AUGGGAUUUUUGAGUGGUGUGCUUGGUGCGGUGAAGGAUGAAAAUGAGGUGACAACUUAUGAUAAAUACAUCACUGAUCCUGAGAAAAGACUUAAUAAAGUAAUAGAAAAAGUACAAUCUUCAAUUGGCUCCGGGCGUGAAGGGCUUGCGGUGUCUGUCGGCGCGGUGAAGGGGUGGUUGGAGGGGUAUGAGAGGGAGGUGGGCAAGAAAACAAAAGCAGUGACAGACAGUUUAGCAACGUUAAUCAAAGCAAAAAUCGAAAAACAUGCAAAUGAAAUUAAUCAGCAUAAUGACCUCAGUACCCAAUUGAUUUUCCGGGCCCAUGUGCUCGGAGAUGCAAGCUUUGAAAUUGAAAAAAUCGAAAAUGAACACGUCAAUAAAUUAGAUAACUCUCUUAAGGAAAAAGUACAAAAUAAAAUUGAACCGAUUAAAAAGUCUGUUGCAAUGCUGGCAAAUUCCGCCAAGCAAGAUAAAUUUGUGAAGCAGGCGGCGAAGGUGGAGAGUGAGUUGGUGCAACAAAAAAUGAAAAUUCAACAGGAAUUACAUUUGAGGUUUCUAAACAUAUUCAACGGAAUUGAUAGUCUGAAAGACGCUCGAAAGCAGGGUAUGAACGGUAUCAAAGACCAUUUGAACGAUGCUAUGAAACUGGUUGAUAAAGAGUUGGGGAAUCAUCAAGACAAUUUCAAAAAUAAUAUUUUAUAUAAAUUUGCGGAGAUAAAAGAUAAAUUAAGUGAUGUUGAUAAGGAUCAAUUUAGAGGUGGUGUUGACGGUAUGACAAGGCUUCGAAAUGAUGUUACUUCGAUAAGGUCGCAGCUUUCUCAAGUUGAAACGCAACUCGGCCAACGAGUUAAAGAGUUGACCGAUUGGAAUGCUGCGGCAGGAAGCGCUGUGAGUAAGGCGAAGGGGAAAUGUAAGCAGAUUGUAGAGAAGGUUCAUCACGCUGGCGGGGAGCAAAAUACGGAAAUUGGUAAGAACGAUGAGGACUUGAAGAAAAAGGCUUCGGCGCUCCUGAAGGCAUAUGAGAAGGCUCAUGCAGCAGUUGAUACAUUGGCCAAGAGCACUGUCACUGCCGCUAUUGAAGAUUUGGAAGAGAACAUCAAAACUGAUUUGUAUACGAUCAAAGAAGGAAUAAAAAGUGGAUUGAAGCAGGUUAUUGAUGCUCUUAAGGCAGGGAUUGCUAAUGCUAUGGAAGAUGAUAGAGGAACCCUUUUCGUGCAAGAGUUCAGUCUUGGUCUAGGAGGCAAAUAUGGUAAUGCUCCAAAGCUGUACGCGUGGGCUGAUGCGAUAAAGAAUAGUAGUACACUCAAAGAUGCUAUAGGAAAUUUGCAGUGGAAAAGCAACGCAUUUGAAGAUUUCAAAAACAUAUUAAAACAACUUGAACAAAAUCAGAGUAGUGCAGGCAUUUUUUACGAAGUUCUAAAUGAGGAUCUUGACGGCAAGGUAGAUGGAAAGUUGACCAGUGCAGGUAGAGGUGGAAGUAAAGUAAAACUAAGCGUACUCGGAACAUACGAAAAAAAUAAAAAACCGGGUUCCAGAAGCAAGUAUCAAACACUAGUUACCACAGAUAUUCCUGAUGCUCUGAAAGAGUUCAAGCAGAUGGAUGCCUUCAAAGGUAAAGAAGAUCUUAAUAAAGGCACAGUCGCGGAAAGUACAAAAACAGUUGACGACGCCUUUCAAAUGAUCACCACCCAACUCAACGAAAUCGCCGGGCUGGUUGACAGCAGUAAAGGAACGCAGCACACGGCUGAUGGCCAGAAAAACGGCGUGAACAACUACCUAGAGGAUAUUACAAGUUUGCUUGGUAAGGAUACAGUUACUCUCACCUCCGAUAUAAAAUCUGCCCACUCAUCUGUCCAAGGCCUCGUGACGAUAAAAACGCAACUUGAGAUGCUAAAUAAGGAUCAUCUUACUGAAGAGUCCGGCCAAAUCGUGAAAGCAAUCGACGAGAUUGUUAAGUUAAUACAGGGUCUUGAAGCGGUUCCUAAAAAUGUUAAUGAAAAGAGGAAUGAAGCCGAGCUGCUCAUGGAAUCCCUGAAGAACAGACUCGAUGGCCAUCUCUCUGCCAUAGAAAUGAAGAUCACAGAUGCCGACCGUAUUAUGUCUGCUGCCAUUGUUGUGCUCGAAAAUGCUCUUCAAGAAGCUCGCCGAAAUGCCGAACAAUCCGUCACCUCCGCCUUCUCCACCCUUACCUCCGAGGUCCGCUCCCUCUUCGCCGACGCCCACAAAGCCGACCUUGCUGCGCUCAAGACGCUCGUCGACGGGCAGAAGGAGGAGAUUGAGGGGAUCAUCAGAUCUGCAAAAAUUACAGGUGUGAUGGGAUUGAUAAGGAAAAUGCAUCCUAAUAAAAGCGACUUUGAACAAAUUAGCGAAUUUGUGACUCCCGUGAAAUUGAAGGCCGUACCAACUAAAGAGGAUUUCACUGGCAUGUCUUCACACUUCAGGAAAAUUGUCGACUCGUUUCUCGAAUACACCGAAUAUCAAGUGUCCACUUCGUCUGGCGAUCCUCAUAAACGCCUGCCCACCGACCAGUCCGAGAAGGUGAGACAUCUCAAGGACGCAUUUGAUGCCCUUCUUCACUACCUUAAACAAAAUGGCGAUUUAACUCGGCAGUACCUUUUUGACCAUCAUUUCGAUGAUUUACUUGCCUCCCUCAACGCCCUUGUCUCCUCCCUCUCUCCCUCCUUCUCCUCCCCCUCCCCCCUCCUCGCCCCCCUCAAGACCGGCCUCUCCAAAUUCGCCGAGCAACUCGGCCACGCGUACGUGAACAGGUAUAGUGGGAGGAAACGUUCUGAUGACUGGGUAACAACAGAGACUAAAAAUGUCGACGACACCCGUAAAACCGAGCAAAUUACAAAGUUAACCCCUGAGGGCCGCAACUGCGCCAAGGUCUGCCUGACGAUAGUGGAGAUGGUGAGUGAGGAGUUGGAUGUGUUGAGAGAGAAAUGCAAAUUAGAUUGGCAUUCCAAACAAAUAGAUCGUAUUAGUGUUCUUGGUUCAUUUUUAGCGAAAUGUGGUUACGUUGUUUCCGAUAGGGAUAAGCAGGACGGUGAACUGCAGCGCAGUGACAAGAUGAUGGGUGAGAACGUCCUUAGGAAACUGCAUGAGAAAAAAUUCACUGAGGACGCACAAGUUGACCACCUGCUCAAAUGUGAGACAAAUAAAUAUCCAAAUGGUGAUAAAAUUAAAAGUCUUGAGUUUGACAUCUUCAACGUUCUCAAGUGCCUCCAUCACCACCUUGAAACGUAUUACAACAUCGGUCACAUGGCGACUCUCACUGCCAAACGUAAUCCAUGUUCCGUGUACGAGAUGCUUGUUUGGUGCGCUGGUUUACUGUAUAACCCUGUGAACUCAGUAAUGCAACACGCAACGAUCACUGAGCUUUUCGAAGAUCCUGAGAAAGGAAACGCCGAGGACGAGAUCAUUAUGAUGCAAGUUGACAAAAACUUCAUUGAUGCAGCGCCUCACGCCAUAAACUAUCAAGGCAUUGUCACGUCGCUGACCGAUCUGUGCGCGCAAUCGUAUGACGUCUUGACCAGAGUCCUGGGCACCGGCGACGCAGAGACCACGUACGCCAGCGACUAUUGCAACAACUCGCAUAAUUUCUAUUAUCCGCAGAAAGGCGACGAUUGCCUCGACAUGUUGCUCGACAUAUUGCGCCGAAUGUUCCCGCCGCUGAAAUUCCUGAUGCACCAGUGCAGUUACCCGACGGGUAUCCAUGGCUGGUCCAGCUGCCAGUACGGCAAGGACGUCUCAUCAGCUAAGUGGCCAUGUAAGGGGCAUCCAAAAGACAAACCAAAUGACCAACCAAAUGAUGAACCAACGUGCCAACCAAAAUCACCACUUCAAUCCUACCUAAACGACUCUCUCGCCGGGUGGUUACCGCAUUCCCUAAGUGGCAUCGGCUGCAGGCCCAAAUGUGCUAAUUGUCCGGGAAAUAAACCGGGGAUGCAGUGCCUGACGCCGCUCGGAUUUAGAGGCUUUUCUGGGACCACGAGGACAGGCAGAGACAUAUGCGACGUGCUGGAGAAAUACUUCACCAACACGUAUCAUACAUCGCUAUUCAGUCUCGUGCCCAGGCCACCCUCAACGCUUGCGGAGCAUCACAGCUUCGUGUUGUCGCUAAUGAGGGGUAUUAAUGCUGAGCAACGCAAGCAAAAUCAUGGUAUCAAAACAUUAAGUGAAGCAUUUGACACAUCCAUUUCCAAGCUUACUAUCGAGCUGUAUAAGGACGCCGGUACACUCACUGAUGCGCUUGCCGACGCCUACUGCUCACGUAAAAAUAGACAUGAAGGAAAGAAUCAUCUAGUUGCAUUUGCUGAUUUGGAAAGCCUGUCUAUGAAAAUAACGUGUCCCGGCAAAGAUGCACUCUGCGCUCCUUAUCUCUCAUCGCUUGCCUCCGACAGCUAUUACUACAUGACCAACAAAAAUACUGACACAUACCUCUCAUGGGUUACAUACUUACCGUGGACGUUUUGGAACUUGCUUAACAGUUUGUACAACUCUUUCUGUGCUAUCAAUUGCCAAGAUUGGGGAUGUCGCGGUUGCUUGCGGGGCGAUGUCUGUAAGAAGGGAUCUCACGGUGUUGUUGAUAAGGUCAAACCAAAUGCUGUUUGCAAAUGCGAUUCGAUUGUCCAAUGCAAAGGUGUCUCCGCAACCUUGUACCAAUACGGUUUAUGCUUCGGUGAACCAUACACUCUGAGUGACGGUAAGACUAUGAAGAAAUGCUCCGACUUCUGCACUCAACUGAGCAACGUUCUCAACUCGACCUACUUCAGUAAGCUUUUCGAAAAAUGCGACGAAUUCAUUUUCACCAUCAGGCAGCCGUUCAUAUGGCUCAACGUCGCACUCUGGUCACUAUCCCUCUUCUACCUCAUCUGCGUAAUGGUUGGCAGACUGGAUGUGCUCCACAUACGCUCACAUCUGCGAACACCGUCGUCGCACAGGAUAACGGCGCAGUCAUUAUUGGCUGCGGCGCAAGUCGGAAGGCUUGCAAAGAUAUCGUAUCUACAGCCUUAA